AUGCCCUAUGACAAGAAUACUGCUCUCAAGCUUUCUUCUGAUGGUAUAACACCUUCAGUUGCUUUCCUUGAUUAUGGGCAUGAUGUGGAAGGUCUUGCCACUUUUGAUGUUGCUCGAAGGUUCGGAAACACGUCCGUCUUCGAGAUGACAUACAGUGAGACUCGCGCUCUAGUGGACUCUGCAAUGGGAGAUGGCCCUCUUCCACUGGCUGCUGCUAUGGACACGUACCGGAUCAACCGAUACAAUAUCACAGAUGAAACCACCUACAUCAACCGUUUGAUCCAAGGAGGCUUACGCUACCAGAAGCUGAACCUCUCCAGUGCCGGAGAGAUCGAGUUAUCCUGUGUUGGGUUCCAACCUGCAGUAUCCACUGCUCCCAUCUCUGAUCUUCCAGGCUCUUUCAAAUGUUCCGAUCCUGUUCUGAAUCGCAUAUGGCAAGUUGGUGCUCAUACCACGCAGCUGAAUGAGAUUCCAGCCAAUUCUCUGCCAGACUUCUGGGUUCUCACCGAUGAAGGCGCCUUUAUUGACAGCCUGGCACCUCAGCCGCUCGCCACUGAUUGGUCUACACAGCUGAUUGCUUACGAUCUGGAAUUCUCGGUGAAGUCGACAUCAAAUGGAUUUGGAUUCACUGUCCUAAGUGACACCCUCUCGAAUGGAAUUUACAUUCUCGUCAACAUUGCCAAUUCUUCCAUAUCCGCCCAUGCAGGCUCUACCGAGAGAUCCGUUCCUCUUGCAUCAGCCACAUUGCCAUCAUUCGUCACGAUGAACAAAUGGCAUACAAUUUGCAGUGUUGUGAAUAUGACCCAGAUUUCUGUCAAAAUUGAUGAUACUGUUGUCUUUCACUUCACUCAAACUUCUGCCUUCUAUGGGUCCUUUGGACUGGGGGCAUCCCUCGGCCAUUCCGCCAUUUUCUCGAAUGUCUCCCUUUCCGUGUCGGGCCAAUUAAUGUACUUCUCUCCACUGAAAAACUCGUCUGCCUUGAAUGACUUUCUCCUUGGCACGAACCCAUUGUCUGUGAGCGUUGAUGGAUCUCGUCGCGAUCGCAUUGCUUAUGCAGGAGACUUGGACAUGACGACAGGCACGGCCUUUGCUAGCACAUAUGGCCAAGAAUAUCUGAACGGUUCAAUUGAGCUGUUAGGUUCAUUUCAAUUGCCUCCUGGUUUUUUCGUUCCCAAUGCCAAGAUCCAGCAGUCUCCUCGCACCUCUGAGAUUGACGGGAACAUUACUGGUCUUAUCGGAUAUUCAUUCAGCAUUGUCAGCUCUAUGGCUCGCUUCUAUGAACAAACGGGUGAUCUGGCCUUCCUGAAUCGCUGGGCACCAAAAGCAGCUCGAAUGUUUGAUUGGGCUCACUCACAAACCCUUGCUAAUGGUUUAUUCAAUGUCUCUAACUCCGCAAUGGGAGGUGACUGGAAUUACUAUGAUCCUUCUAUGAGUGGGGUGGUUGCUAAAUUCAACCUCGUCUAUGCCUAUACCCUCAAGCAAUGGAUUCCCUUCAUGGAUGCUGCAGGUCUGAACAGGAACAGAUAUGCGUCGCACUUGCACACACUGCAAACCGCUAUCAAUAAGCAUCUCUGGAGUGACACCCUGCAGGCAUAUUAUCUAUCGGACACUCAUAAGGAUUUCUUCUCACAAGAGGCAAAUGCUCUUGCUAUCCUAAGUGACACGGCGAUGAUCAAAAACGGAACCUUCAAACCUGUCCUCGAAACAAUGGCACGGGAAUUGUACUUGCCCGCAGGAACACUUGCAUUCUCCAACAAAAGCCCCGCAAGUGGAUGGGCACAGAAGGUUAGCCCUUAUGCCUCUGGCUAUCAUCUGAAGGCCGCUUUCCGUGCGAAUGAUAGUACCAAUGCGAGGCAUCUUCUCCACAACGUCUGGGGCCCUAUGAGUGACCCAACUCAUAGUGAUUAUACCGGUUGCACGUGGGAAGUCAUGAAUGCUGAUGGUACCCCUGGACUUGGGUCUUCAACUUCAAUGUGCCACGCUUGGGGUUCCGGGCCGACAGCCGAUUUGAGUCGCUAUGUUCUUGGAGUACAACCUGUGAAGCAUGGCUUCGAAGAGUGGCAAGUUGUCCCCCAGACGUUGGAUCUCGAUUGGGCUCAGGGCAAAUACCCAAUUCCCAAUGGAAAAGUUCAUGUGAACUGGUCAUUUGAUCGGGCUGACUUGCUUCACAUGACUGUCAUUGCUCCCGAGGGAACUAAUGGAACUGUCUAUCUUCCUGCUCCGCUGAAGAGGAAAUUGACCAAGUACGAUGCAUCGGGUUUUACUUCGACCAACGAAGGAUCCUUUACGGUCCAAGGUGGGAAGAAUUUCACUUUCCACCAAACGUCCUGA